UAAAGCUUCCUUCUUUGAGCUGGGUGGUAAAUGAAGCUGCACUAAAGCGAUAGACGGAUCAUUUAUUUCAGCGCUCAGAAAGCUAGCCAGGUAGCUAGCUACACUCUCAUGAAACCAACACGUUUGGUCUCCAGGUGGAUUUUGGAUGCGAAGUCGGUACACCGGCGCACACACCACGGCUCACACUCGCUCGACCGAACCCCUUUCGGCUGAUCUCUCCGCUGCUGUCCGAAUGAGCUCCAGUCCGCUUUCCAACGGCAAGCAGAUGUCGGACAACCAGAGCUGGAACUCGUCGGGCUCUGAGGAGGAUCUGGAGACGGAUCCCGGACCUCACGGCGGCGGGGUGGCGGAAUUCAGCGGCGUGCUCAGCAAGUGGACCAACUACAUCCAUGGCUGGCAGGAUCGCUGGGUCGUGCUGAAGAACAACACUCUGAGUUAUUACAAGUCUCAGGAUGAGAGGGAGUAUGGCUGCAGGGGCUCGCUGUGCCUCAGCAAGGCCGUCAUCAUGCCCCAUGAGUUUGAUGAGUGCAGGUUGGAUAUCAGUGUUAACGACAGCGUGUGGUACCUGAGGGCUCUGGACCCGGACCACCGUCACCAGUGGAUCGACUCCAUCGAGCAGCACAGGGCUGAGUCCGGUUAUGGUUCUGAAUCCAGUUUGAGGAGACAUGGCUCCAUGCUCUCUCUCACCUCAGCCACCAGCAGCUACUCUGCCACGUCCACCUCCUCUUUUAAGAAGGGCAAUAGUCUGCGAGAGAAGCUAGCCGAGAUGGAGACGUUCAGAGACAUCCUGUGCAGGCAGGUGGACACGCUACAGAAAUAUUUCGAUGCCUGCUCAGACGCCGUGUCCAAAGAUGAGCUGCAGAGGGAUAAGAUUGUGGAGGACGAUGAAGACGACUUCCCUACCACUCGCACUAAUGGCGAGUUCCUGCACAACCACAACGGCAGCAGAGAGAAGCUGUUCCAGUCUCUGAGCACUAAGGGCCUCAACGGAAUUGAUUUUAAAGGCGAGGCGAUCACGUUUAAAGCCACUACAGCGGGGAUCCUGGCCACGCUCUCGCACUGCAUUGACCUGAUGGUGAAGAGAGAGGACAGCUGGCAGAGGAGACUGGAUAAGGAGACGGAGAAAAGGAGGAGAGUGGAGGAGGCCUAUAAAACGGCAUUGUCCGAGCUCAAGAAGAAAUCUCAUUUCGGAGGCCCGGACUACGAGGAGGGCCCGAACAGUCUCAUAAACGAGGAUGAGUUCUUCGAUGCCGUGGAAGCCGCGCUGGACAGACAAGACAAAAUAGAGGAACAGACUCAGACAGAAAAGUGUCGGAUACAGAGGCCUAGCCCGAUGCCUUGCGGAGAUAUCUAUUCCACGAUGGGCACCCACCGAUUCGCCGAGAAGCCCCUGACUCCGCCCUCCCCCCCUCUAUCCUGUGAUGUAGUGCUCGGUCCCGUGUGUCAUCACGAGCACGCGUUCAGUGCUGAGGUGGAGGAGAUGGUACAGAGUCACAUGACCUACUCCCUGCAGGAUGUGGGCGGAGAUGCGAACUGGCAGCUUGUGGUCGAGGAAGGAGAGAUGAAGGUGUACAGGAGAGAGGUAGAGGAGAACGGCAUCGUGUUGGACCCUUUGAAAGCCACACAUGCAGUGAAAGGGGUCACAGGUCACGAGGUGUGCCAUUACUUCUGGGAUACGGAAGUCCGCAAUGACUGGGAAACUACUGUUGAAAACUUCAGCAUCGUGGAGACGUUGUCAGAUAACGCCAUAAUUAUCUACCAGACGCACAAGAGGGUGUGGCCUGCGUCACAGAGAGACGUGCUGUAUUUAUCGGCGAUCCGUAAAAUCAUGGCCAGCAACGAGAACGACCCCGACACGUGGAUUGUGUGCAACUUCUCUGUUGAUCACGACAACGCCCAGCCGAGCAGCAGGUGCGUCCGUGCCAAAAUCAACAUCGCCAUGAUCUGCCAGACGCUGGUCAGUCCACCAGAGGGCAACAAAGAGAUUAGCAGAGACAACAUUCUGUGUAAAAUCACAUACGUGGCCAAUGUAAACCCCGGAGGCUGGGCCCCUGCGUCUGUCCUGAGAGCCGUAGCCAAGCGAGAAUACCCCAAAUUCUUGAAGCGUUUCACCUGCUACGUGCAGGAGAAAACUGCCGGCAAGCCCAUCCUCUUCUGAGAGCUCAGAUCGUCAGUGUACAGCGCCCUCUCUCUACACUCCCAGCUACAGCGGCCCCGAGGAGGUUCCUCUUCACUGCAGACCCUCGUCAUCCUCCUCCUCCACCUCCACUUCCUCCUCCUGAAUGUUCAGACCCUCAGCUGCCACCGGGAACAACCCACAUCACCCACGAUUCCCUGCAGCGGUCCACACUAUAGACGCCCUGUAGGCUUUAAGCGGUCCCAAUGCUUUAACCCCUCCAGCGGUCUGAGAGGACACGUUGCCAAAUCUCAACAUUCGUUCUGUAUUUUCAGCAGAGAAAUAUAUAUUAAUAUUAAGAUAUAUGUACGUACACAAGUAUGUGAGAUUUAAAGAAAAAGUUUUAUUUAACGGAGCCGAAACACAGAAGAACGACUGUUUUAGUUCCGCUUUUUGUCUUUCUUUUUGUUUUGUUUUUUGCUGUACUUCAUUGAUCCCAGAAUUCACUGCUCACAAAACCCCACCCCCCCCUGCCCCAUUGCUGCUAAUUUAAAAUAGAAAAAAAAACCCGCUUGGGUCAGACAUUCCACCAUCCUGAACAUUUGUAAAAGAACUCUGAGAGGGCUGUCAUUGACCUAUGACCUACAACAUGACCCAUGAACGUUGCCUUCUUUUUUUCUUUUUUUCUUUUUUUUUCUUCUCUUCUUCUUGGUCUCGAUCUCUUUGAUGAAGCCCUGUUGGUGCUGAAGAGGAAUUGUUUCCCCCCCCCCUGAUGUUUUGUUGCUUAAUUUUUUUUUUUGUCUCUUUAAAUCUGAAAUCUGUUUUGAGUUGUACUCGCGUACAUCAGAGAGACGCUGGCGUACUGUAGCACGAUUAAGAAUCAGUAGUGAUAGACGAAAGUGGGAUCUUUUUAAUACGUCAAGGAAACGCUUUACAUCUUGAUUACUUGUAUAUAAUUUCUAAGUGCGUGGGAUUGCUGUCAGUCAAUGGUUUUUGCGUGAUUCAUCCAACUCCACAUGCCUUAGAGACGGGCGGAGACGAGUGCGUGUUUGUGUGCGUGUGCAAACAGGAAGGGCAGAUCUUGUUUGCGGGUGUGUUCGCGCGGUCGGGACGAUCCGAGGUGUCCGACGUGCGUGUAAAUCGUUAGCGAAGUGCCUCAGUCUGAUCACAUGACCUGAGUGUUGCUGAUGCGAGGUUCAUGCUUUUUCUAAAUAUGAUCUCCAAACAAAGAGUGGAGUUUAAAAAAGAAAAAAAUGUCAAGCGUCUUUCAGCGAUUACGCCAUAAUUCUGAUCUGAUAUUACUUUUUUUUUUUUUUUUUUUUUUUUUUACAUUUCUGAAUUAUUACUGAUCAAACAUCGGGCCUCGUUUAGUAAAGCAGAGUGUUUUUCGACGGCAAAACGGAACUAAAAUUUCCUGCUGGGUCAUUUCCUGCGUAUGUUGAUGUAUAUUCUUAAGCACAUUCACAGAACAUCUGGUUUACUGGUGGUUUAGUGAUGCCAACAAAUCUCACACAGAGCUGAAAACAACAAAAUGGCGACUAAGCAGCGAAAGUGAAAUGCGCUAAAUCGUCCACUAACGCAGCUCAGCCAUCGCAGCACAUCAGCUACUAUAGACACACACCAAAUAUUUCUGCCUUUUUUUUUUUUUAAGGGUGCCAUUACUUUUGUCCUAAUUGAAGGAAGGUGUUCACAAAAUUGUUUCCCAAAAUCGUCGUACUCGCAACACGUGUAUAUAAAAUCACAACGAACAAUUCUGCGAUUUGAAACCAAUCGAUCGUUUCAUAUUAGUGAGUCUCCCUUAUACGUAAUUUUACACGCACAGGACUGAAUGGAUUUCCAGGAAUGCUGCGUUUCCUGUGUGUAAAUGCUCCUGUGGACGAUUUACGAAUCGUCUAAAUCCGUUUGUCUCCGGCACGAUAAAUGAGGCUCGCCGUUUUCCGAUUUUGAGAGGAACACCUGUUGUUGGUUUUUUGUUUUUGUUUGUUCGUCUGACAGCAAGAUGAAAAUCAGCAUGAAGGUGAAAAUCGGUUGCUGUUCUUGUCCUUCUCAUCAUUUUCGCGUAAAGUUUUCAGCGAUCUAAUGGACAGCGCUUGAGUCACAACCCCGACUUUAGAGUUGCGCUAUAAAGCUUGUUCUUUAAGAGGCGGAGGAUUGCUCAUGAUGGAUGUUGAGGAAAACGUUGGCCCUUUUUAGUAGCUCGACUUGACACACAGCUGCUCCACUCCGUUCCCCUUGGCUGUUUCCUUUUAAAUCCGUUCAAUCGAAUCGAUCACGAUGUCGUAUCCAAUCCACUUGUACACGUUAAAAUAUAUCUAUCUUUUUGUAAUUGCAUUUAAUUUAACAGAUGAUUGGAGGGUUGGUGAUGCUGCGACAGGAAACAGCCAAUCAGGAGUGGAGUUUUGCACCCCAGUUAAGUGUGUGUGUGUGUGUGUGUGUGUGUGUGUGCGCUGAAGAAUCAGAUGUCCUUCUAAUCCCAGUAUAGUUUAUUUGUUGCAUUUGCACUGAAUGUAUCGUAGCGGGAAUAAAGCAGAUGUGUCUGUAAAUAAAAUAGUUACACUAACCGUGUCUGGACAGAAUGAAGGGGGGGGUGGAGGAAAUGUGGCACUUGUGUCACGUGUUUAUACGGAAAUAAAGAUAAAGACUGUUUACUGCAGUGUGUGGUGUGCUAAUUCCAUAAUGAAAUUUACCAUUGUGCAUUUUUAAAUGUUUUUACUACACCCCAUUUCCCUGGAAACCCUGUGGUUUGGGCCUCAUUUGCAUAUUGGAUUCUGAUAGGCUGUGAUAUUUUGUGACGCAAUAACACGUGCAUGUUAAUGUUCACGAAGAGGCGUAAAUAAGAUAUCAAGCUUAUCUUUCUUAAAGAUGCUUCUCGUCAGAACUAUGCUUUUUACAUAAAGGUCAUUUGAAUUUUCUCUUAAAGAUGUGUGCCAAAAUAAAAAAGGUGGAUUUUUUUAUUCAUUUUUCAGUAUUAAUGUCAAUCUUUUUGGAAUCCAUUCCCAUGAAGAAGAAAAAAAAAAAAGCUUCUUGCAGAAGAAACCGACGAUUGUCGAUGUGCACAAAUCAGGUAAUGGUCUAUCAUUGAAUGUGGUGGGGUUUGUUUUUUUCUUUUUAAAUAUAAAUUCCUCCAAAAGAAUUUCAUCGAAAAUAAAAAUAUGCAUUUAAUGACAACUUCAUACCAGCACUUAUUUAUUGUACAUUUUUUGGUGUUUUUAUAAAACAAAAAUACAGCCAUGGUGAAUUUAAGUUAAUAUAAAUAUUUAACUAAAACAAUAAGGUUGAUGAAGCUGAGAGAAAUAUGGCUUUAGUGAUCUUUUAAUUUGCAGGAUCGGCCACAACGCUGUUUGCUUAUUUAUUUAUUUUUUGCUUUGUGGCGAGUGACAGAACGUCAUAUCGUUAUAGCUGCUAGAAGUUUCAUGGUCGUUCCACAUCGAGAAACGUAACUGUAAAUGCAUUUUUUAAAAAUGGAUUCCUUGCUUGUUAUGUUCAGUUUCAGCGUGUUUAUUUAUUCAGCCACGAGUCCAUUUUGUUUAUGAUCCAGUGUAUUACACACUUUAAUUUAACACUUUGAGCUGUAACUCACUCACUCACACACACACACACACACAAUGUUCAAAACAAAGCAGACAUCACUGACAGUCCAGAAUUUAGUGUACCAAGGAACGAGCUGGUAGUAGUGAUGUUACUACGGCACGUAGUUAACCGCAGCUUUAAACGUCUUCCUUCGUUUCGUUGUCAAGUAAACCUCGGUUAAAGAAAAUGGCCGCCUUCUUGUGCAUGAUAUGCUCGACACAGCGACGCUCGAUACCGUCACAGCGCUUCACCCAGUCGCGAUACACAACACUGUUAGAGCAUACAGACAUUCAUCAUCGUCCAAACGCUAGUGCAAAGCGGCUCCAGCAGCCCAAACAUGGAUCUGAGAGGGAUUUAUUUCUCCAUGUUCUGCUUGCGCUCGUAUCAGCGUCCUUCUGCUGACUUUAAAGACAGUUUUUCUUUUUUUUU